AUGGCGUGUUCCUCUCCCGCUGCCGUCGCGGUCAUCGCGUCCGCGCGCCUCGCGUGGGCCUUCCCCCUCCUGCGCGUCCUCUUCGCCCCCGCCCCCGGAUUCCCUUCCCCUCGCCGCGCCUCAGCCGUCGUGCCUCACCGCGCUUCUGCCUCCGUCGUGCCCCGCCCCUUCACAUCCCCGCCCUCACCUCUUCUCCCCUCGCCGCUCUCCCCCAUCGCUCUCAACCAUCAUUCUCCCUUCCCUGCGUGUGCGCGCCUGCCCUCCCCCUCCCUCCACCAGCCCCACUCCACGAGGAGAAUCGCCGCGGCGCCGCGCAGCACGGCAGCAGCGGGCAUGGCGGCGGCAGUGGCGGCGUGCGCCACGGCGCGGGUGGGGGCGGGCCUCAAGGCGCGUCUGCACGGUCUCGCCGCUUCGCCGCGACUCCUCGCGCCGCUGGUGGGUCGUCGCUGGUGGAUCGCCUGUGCUCGUCGCUUGCCACGUGCUAGACCGCCCACUCGCCGCCCCCACUCGUCCCCCGUGGCACGUGUGUUCCCCUGCGCGCUGCCAUCUCUCCACCGUCUUCCCGCCACCUCCUCUGCACGCUCUCCAUUGCCAACCCAUGCAACAAAUCCCCUCCCCCCUGCCCCCCUCCUCACCCCUACCACCGUUUCACACCCCCCCCGCCAGCAGACAGCAGCGCGGGCGUUCUCGGAGGCGGCGGGGGUGGGGCGGGGGGGCGCGCGGGUGAGCAUGGCGCUGCGCAGCGGCAUCGUGGGGCUGACCAACGUGGGCAAGUCCACCCUCUUCAACGCCCUCGUGAGUCCACCCUCUUCAACGCCCUCGUGA